UACUGUACUUCACGCUUUCCUUUGCGACGCUCGCUGCCGUUCCUUUAUAUAACACGAUUUUGUCUUUGGGUAAAUGGGGCGUCACCGUAAAGUCAAAAUUUUCGCGCGUUACAUGAGCAUCAUGUUUGAGACUUGUGCUGCAAUGCUCGGCGUUGUUAUGGCGAUGACGUUGGCUUACGCAGCAAGUGACCAAGAUUGUAUCAACGCGACAGCUUGGUCGGAAAGCGUGAUUGCAUCCCUGCCGGUGGAUCCAGCCCCAAAAGUCGAUAAGUCAAUAAUCAGUGAAGCUGACUUCAUCGUCGUUGGUGGUGGCACUGCGGGUGCUGUUGUGGCCAGUAGGCUAUCUGAAGUUUCGAAGUGGCAGAUUUUGCUGCUAGAAGCAGGACCAGAGGAGCCUAGAGGUACCAUGGUACCAGCUUUCGGGUCCAUCUACAAGGACAAUCCAAAUUAUGAGUGGGCCAUUACAGUUCAGGAUACGCCAAACGAAAAGUCUGGAGAUUUAAAUAGAGCAAAGAUGCUCGGUGGACAGAGCGUGAACAACGGAAUGGUGUACAUCCGUGGCUCCAAGGCUGACUGGAAGUGCUGGGAGGAGGCGGGGGCGACUGGUUGGACGGCUGAGGAAGCGCUGCGCUACUACAAGAAGUCAGAAAACAACCUGAACCCAGACAUCGCUAAAGAUGCCAGAAACCACGGGACGGGCGGUCUGCUCCCCGUGCAACGGAUGCCCUAUCUAGACAACACAUCAAAACUGAUACGUGCUGCUUUUAAGGAAGCUGGCAUGAAAGAAGUAGACUUAAACGGAGAUGCGUCGGAAGGGUUUAUGUUUGCUCAAAAUGUCAUGAAAGGGUCCAAGCGCUUCAGUACCAACAGAGCCUACCUUUCACAACAACGCGCGCUUAGAAGUAACUUAAAGGUUCUCACGGGUGCUACCGCUCGAAGAGUGGUUAUUGAUCAGAGGAGUAAACGAGCAACAGCAGUCGAGUUUACAGACACAGACGGAAAGACUCAUGUUGUCAAGGCCAAGAAAGAGGUUGUGUUGAGCGCUGGCGCCAUUUUUUCCCCUCACCUUCUGAUGCUGUCGGGAGUUGGUCCAGCUGACCAGCUAAAGGCAGCAGGAAUUCCAGUCAUCGUUGACCUUCCCGGGGUUGGAGAGAAACUCAUGAAUCACAUCGGCGGUAUGGUGCAUCCAACAAUUAACCUUACUAAGACCGUCUCACUGCCUACGCCUGCGUCCAUGAUGAAUGAUAUUAAACUCUUUUCGGAGGACAGCGGACCAUUGUCAACACAAGGGCCAUCCAAGGUGCGAACGUUUGAGCGUAGUCCUUACCAGCCAGCCAACGACAAACGACCGUACCUCCAGUGGGAGGUCACCAGGUCAAGUAACGGCCGAACGAUCCCUGCAUGCAGCGGCACUUCUGCUUCGGCAUCUUGCUAUUAUAAUCAGGUUAAAAUGACAUUGGUACUGCUUCAGCCCCAUAAGUAUGGCUCCCUUAAAUUAAACACAACGCAUCCAACUGAACAGCCAGUCAUCGCCCAAGCUGUUUUUACUGACAAACGAGACGUAAAGAUCCACGCUAGAGGCGUUAAGGACAUGGUGGAGCGUCUGCAGGGCUCGGCGGCUCUUAGUGAUUCUGGCGCCGCAGUGGUGCCACCGUCGGCUGGCAGCGCCUGUUCAAAGGAGAAAGCCGGUAGCGAGGAGUACUAUCAGUGCGUGCUUCUCGCCACGGGUGGCAGAACAUGGAGCCACCAGUCCGGUACCUGUCCCAUCGGCACUGUGCUCGACCCAAGGUUGCGCGUCAAGGGUGUGCCGAACCUCCGAGUGGCUGACGCAGCUAGUUUCCCAUGCUUGUCGAACGGAAACACUAUGGCUCCCGUUAUAAUGAUAGGAGAGAAAGCAGCUGACCUGGUUAAAGCAGACAACGGUGAAAAUGUUUGAGCACUGAACCUGAAUAAACCGUUUCUUUUCUUAUAAUUAA